AGGACGUAUCGUCGUGCGUGUUCCAAUUUAAUGAAUGGGCGGCGUCGGCAGAAAUAAAAAGCUGGAUAAUAUGUGGAAUGAGCAUCGCUAAAAUCUAAUAUGAAGAUUAAACAAUAUGCCGCAACUACGAAAAGAAAAAAAGUUAUUUUAUGUCAUUGGAUUACACUGAUCUGUUCUUUUGGGCUAUUUCAAGAAAUAUAUUCUAAGCAUGGCGAGACUAGAGGUGCAUCAUCUGUGCCACAAUCACAUUCCGAAAGUAACCUUCGAUUCAAUCAAAAUGUAUACAAUGUUACUAUACCAGAAAACAGCCUUGGAAAGACAUACGCUAAAGCGAUAUUACACGAGGACCUGCCCAGGAUAGCAGUCGGCUCAAAUUGCGACGUUAAAUUUAGAAUAAUAAGUGGCGAUAAAGACAAGCUGUUUAAAGCUGAAGAAAGACUUGUCUCAAAUUUUGCCUUCCUAACUAUUCGUACACGAACUAGUAACAUAGUGUUAAAUAGAGAAAAAACCGAAGAAUAUAUUUUAAAAGUUAGAGCGCUCAUUAAUUAUUCCCACGGCAAAAAUGUCUCGAGCUAUGAAACGGAAACAACAGUUCACGUUCAAGUAUUAGAUCGAAAUGAUUUAAGUCCGCUCUUUUAUCCAACUGAGUACACAGUAAGCAUUCCAGAAGAUACGCCAAAACAUCAAAGUAUUCUAAAAGUAGCUGCUGAAGAUGCUGAUCUAGGUGUAAAUGGUGAAAUAUACUACAGCUUUUUGAUGGACAGCGAAUACUUUGCUAUCCACCCGACAACUGGAGAUAUAAGUGUUAUGAGACAGCCUCGGUAUGCAGAAAAUUCGCGAUUCGAUCUUAUUGUUUUGGCCAAUGACAGGGGCUCCGCAAUGAGUCAUCACAGCCAUCAGGCCAGUAAAGCAAAAGUUUCAAUAAUUAUAAAACAGGUAAACUUCUACACACCUGAAAUCUAUGCAAGGACUUUUUCGAGCAUAACACCAUCCCAUUCUGGCCCAUUAAUUUAUGGAAUUGUCAAAGUCAACGAUAAAGAUAGUGGACUAAAUGGAGAGAUUAAAAAGUUGGAAAUACUCGAUGGAAAUCCAGAUGGUACUUUUCACUUAAGAGCUACUGAGAAAGAAGAUGAGUAUUAUAUUGAACUGAAUAAGUUCGCAAAGUUAAAUCAACAACAGCAUUUCAUAUACAAUUUGACACUGCGUGCUGAAGAUCGAGGUGUACCUUCUCGAAUUACCUACAAAACGGUUCCAAUUCAAAUAAUACCAGAAAGUAAAAGUACACCAAUAUUUACUCAGCAAAUCUAUGAUGUUUCAAUACCAGAAACAGCGCCUCCUAAUAUGCCAGUAAUAAGGCUGAAAGUCAGUGAUCCUGAUUUGGGUAAAAAUGCCGUUGUGUUUUUGGAGAUAGUAGGCGGAAAUGAAGGAGGUGAGUUCCGUCUGAAUCCAGAUUCGGGUAUGCUAUACACACAAAAACCAUUGGACGCAGAAAGAAAAUCGCAGUACACUCUAACCGUAUCUGCAAUUGACCAAGCUAAUGUUGGAUCAAGAAAGCAAUCCUCAGCUAAAGUUAAAAUUACCAUCCAGGACAUGAAUGAUAAUGAUCCAAUAUUUGAAAACUCAAAUAAGAACAUAUUCAUCAAUGAGAACGAAAUGGCUGGCUCUUUUGUUGCAAAAGUGUCGGCUAAGGACAAAGAUUCUGGUGAAAACGCAUACAUAUCCUACAGCAUAGCAAACCUCAACGAAGUCCCAUUUGAAAUUGAUCAUUUUUCUGGCGUGAUAAAAACGACAUCCUUAAUUGAUUAUGAAACAAUGCAAAGAAACUAUGCGUUAGUAAUACGUGCCUCAGAUUGGGGACUUCCAUACAGGCGACAGACUGAAACCGAACUCAAUAUUAUUGUCAAAGACAUUAACGAUAAUAGGCCACAGUUUGAGCGCUUAAACUGUUAUGGGAAAGUGCUUAAAACUGCUCCAAUUGGAUCUGAAGUUUUUACAGUUUCCGCUAUUGAUUUUGAUGCUGGCGACGUUAUAUCUUACCGCCCUGUAUCUGGAAAUGAAGAUGGCUGUUUUAGUCUGGAUCCGACGACGGGAACAAUUUCAAUCGGAUGUGACCUAAUGGACGUUGCAGUAGAUGACCGUGUGAUAAAAAUAACUGCCACAGAUGGUACCCACUUUUCAGAUGAACUAAGUAUCAAUGUUCAUCUAAUGGUGGAUAACUUAAGUGAACAUACCGACAUCUUGUCCGGCUUCGGCGCCUUUGAGUGCCGUGAAACCGGAGUGGCCAGAAGACUUGCCGAGAAUUCAGCAUUAGCUGAAAAAAAUAAUGCAAAAACCGUUUCGUUCGCUGUGAUAAGUGACUUAGCGCUAACCCCCAGCAGAUAUGGGCAAAAUGUACACAAGCCAGAGUUUAUAAAUUUUCCUCUGGAGCUCUCUUUAAACGAAAGUGUUCCAUUAGGAGCUGCAGUGGCCUGGAUUGAAGCUCGUGAUAGGGACUUGGGUUAUAAUGGCAAACUGGUGUACGCAAUUUCUGAUGGAGACUCGGAUUCAGUUUUUCGUAUUGACCCUGACAAUGGUGAGCUCCAGAUAAUUGGAUACUUGGACAGAGAACGGCAAAAUGAGUAUGUUUUAAACAUAACUGUUUACGAUCUUGGCCAACCCAAAAAGCACGACUCCAAAAUGCUGCCAAUAACAAUACUAGAUGCAAAUGACAAUCCACCAGUUAUACAGAAGUCAUUAGCAACGUUUCGACUCGCAGAAAGUGCUCUGAAUGGCACUGUUAUAUACUGCUUGAACGCAACAGAUGCCGAUGAGGGUGCUAAUGCGGAGAUAACUUUCAGUUUCGUCGUCGAAUGUUGCGAUUUCGCAGUGAAUAAAACAACUGGUUGUAUUCUUUUGAGUAGUCCCCUUGACCGAGAGAAACAGGAUAGAUAUGAAUUACAUAUUGUUGUAAAAGAUAGCGGAAGUCCAGUUUUAUCAGCAGAGGCCGUGGUAUAUGUUCUAGUCGACGACGUUAAUGACAAUGCUCCUAUUUUUGGGGUUCAAGAAUAUACCUUUAAAGUGAGAGAAGAUGUGCCUCGCGGAACUGUAGUAGCUGUGGUUGAGGCAACUGAUAUUGAUAUUGGACCCAAUGCAGACAUUUUAUUUUCACUGAAAGAAGAUACGCAGGAACAAAGUCUAUUUAAAAUCGAUAAAUACUCUGGAGCAAUUCGAACCCAGGGAUAUUUAAAUUACGAAAAUCGACAAGUGCACAAUCUCAUUGUGAGUGCUAUCGACUGUGGCGUUCCAUCGUUAACCUCCGACAUGCCCAUAGUUGUCGAAAUUAUUGAUGUUAACGAAAACAGAUUCGCUCCAGAAUUUGAUGACUUUAUUUUCGAAGGACAAAUUGAAGAGAACCGACCAAAAGGCACCAUUGUACUAAACAUUACUGCCAGAGACAUGGAUGGAAUUGACCACGACGCAAAAGUAUCGUAUUCCAUUAUUGGAGGCGAUGGAAUUGGAAUUUUUUCCGUUAAUGACCAAGGUUCAAUUCGUUCACUAUCCCAACUUGAUGCGGAAACAAAAAAUUCCUACUGGUUAACUCUAUGUGCUCAAGAUUCCGCUAUUGUUCCCUUAAGCAAUUGUGUUGAGGUAUAUAUCGAGGUUAAAAAUGUGAAUGACAAUAUACCAUUGACGGAUAAACCAGUUUAUUAUGUAAACGUUACGGAGGGCAAUUCAGAAAAACUUGAUAUAAUAAAACUUAACGCAAUUGAUAGAGACAAUGAUCCCAACCAAUCAAUAACAUUUAAUAUUAUCUCAGGCAAUCCUGAAGGAUACUUCGAAAUAAAUUAUUUAACAGGCGUUCUUAGUACAACAGAAAGGAAACUUGAUAGAGAAAAUCAAGCUGAACAUAUUUUGGAGGUAUAUAUAUCUGAUAAUGGAAUGCCAGUAUUGUCAUCGACUACACGAGUUGUGGUUUCCGUAAUGGAUGUGAAUGAUCAUAGUCCUGAGUUUGAUCAACGUUUCUAUAAAGUACAAGUUCCUUCAACGGCAUUGGUCAAUGAGUCGAUUUUUCAGGUUCAUGCAUUUGACAACGACGAGGGCGAAAAUGGGCGAAUCACAUACUCAAUUAAAUCUGGAAAAGGCAAAAAUAAAUUUCGUAUCGAUGGCGCAAGUGGUCAUAUUUUCAUUACAAAGGCAUUAGAAGCUGAUGCUGAAUUUGAAAUAAAUAUUAAAGCCGAGGAUAAUGGAGUGCCCAAAAAAAGUCAAACCACCCGAGUGAACGUGGUUGUUAUUCCGAUCGUUCCCAAUUCCCCGAAUGCUCCCGUAAUAGCGAAGAAGUCAACUGAUAAUGUAGUCGACGUCACGGAAAGUGAUAGGCCUGGAUUCUUGGUAUCACUAAUACAAGCCAUGGAUGAGGAUAAUGACCAGCUGUGGUACAACAUCAGCAGUGGAGAUGAUCGAAAUGAGUUCUAUAUAGGCCGAGAUAAUGGCAAUGUUCUUCUAUCAAAAUUUUUGGAUUAUGAGACAAAAACGUUUUAUAAUCUAACCAUCAGUGUUACCGAUGGAACACACGUGGUGCAAACAAGCCUUUUUAUAAAAGUUGUUGAUACAAAUGAUAACACUCCGCAGUUUACAAAAGAUGUGUACCACGUAAAUAUAUCGGAAAACAUUGAAGAAGAGUCAGUUAUAAUGCAAUUACAUGCAACUGAUAAAGAUGAGGAUAAGAAACUGUUUUACCACUUGCAUGCAGCCCAAGAUCCGUCUUCCCUAGCCUUGUUUCGCAUUGAUUCGAUAAGUGGAAGCGUAAUAGUGACCCAAAGGCUUGAUUUCGAGAAAACUUCCCAACAUAUUCUCAUUGUUGUUGUAAAAGAUCAAGGAACGCCAGCGAAAAGGAAUUAUGCAAAGAUUAUAAUAAACGUACAUGAUCACAAUGACCACUACCCCGAAUUCACUGCAAAAAUUAUUCAAAGUAAAGUGCCAGAAAGUGCAGCAGUGGGCUCUAAACUUGUGCAAGUAAUGGCUAUUGAUCGUGAUAGUGGUCUAAACGCAGAACUUCGAUACUCCAUAAUAAGUGGAAACGUGGGGAGUAUUUUUGAAAUAGAUCCCGCAUUUGGUACCAUUUCUUUAGCGGCUAGUUUGGAUAUCAAUAAAAUGCAGGAGUACAUGCUUCAAAUUAAAGCAACAGAUCUUGGCCAGCCGCCGCUAUCAUCACAAGUACCUGUGCACAUAAUUAUUACCAUGUCUGAAAACGAUCCUCCCAAGUUCUUUUCGAACUCCGUUUCACUUGAAAUAUUUGAGAACUUGCCCGUUGGGACAUUUGUAACGCAAGUUGAGACAAGAUCAUCGUCGUCAGUCUUCUUUGCUAUUAUUGAUGGUAAUGUCAACGACAGCUUUCGAAUAAAUCCUUCGACAGGAGUUAUUGUGAUCAACACGAACAUCGACUACGAAACAAACAAGCUUUUUAACUUAACCAUCAGGGGAACUAAUAUGGCUGCUGCAUCAUCACAGCAGAAUGUUUUAGUACAUAUUUUAGAUGCCAACGAUAAUGCUCCCUUUUUCCUUCAAAAUGAAUAUGUGGGAACUAUAGUGGAGUCAGCCGAUGUUGGGUCUUAUGUGCAAAAUAGUGAUACCUCAAAGAAUAGUCGCCUUGUUUUAAAUGUCUCAGAUGCUGACGUCGGCUUGAACGGAAUGGUGCAAUAUUAUAUCAAUGACGACUUGGCUAAGAAUGUAUUUAAAAUUGAUUCUACGACAGGAACUAUCCAAACCUUAACUAAUGUUGACUAUGAAAAGGCAAAAAACUAUACAUUUUUCGUAAUGGUUAGUGAUUUGGGCAAGCCAAAGUUGCACUCAAGUACGAAAGCUCGUGUGAUCAUACAUGUAAGAAAUGUGAACGACUGUCCACCAGUAUUUAGGGAAAAGGAAAUUAAUAAAACGCUCUUCGUGCCAACAUUUGAAAAUGUUUUCAUUACUCAAGUCGUUGCGUCGGAUGCCGAUAACGAUGAGAGUACUCCUUUACGUUAUGAUAUUGUCGAUGGAAAUGCUCAUGAAUGUUUUCAAAUCAAUCAAUUGACAGGAGAUCUAACCACAAGGGCUAACGAAAUUACGAAUUCAGAAUACAACCUGCACAUUAGGGCUUCUGAUGGCUUAUACUCGGCAAUUUUGUUAUUAAACAUCCACAUUGAGUCUGCAGUGGACGCUCAGUUUGUGUUUCAAAAAACCAAAUAUGAGUUUUCGACAUUGGAGAACACCACCAAAAUUUCAACUGUUGGACUGACAAAUGUCGUUGGAAAUACCUUGAAUGAAAAUGUGGAAUACAGAAUUCUGAAUCCAACGAAAAUGUUUGCAAUUGGAAUUAGCUCUGGAGCCAUUAAGACCACUGGAGAAAUGUUUGAUAGAGAGCAACAAGAAGCACACAUACUCUUCGUCGAAGCAAAAUCGGCCAUGUACGAUGGAAACAGUCAACAUGUGCGUCGAGCUAUAACUUCAGUCCAUGUUUCUGUGCUCGAUGUAAAUGACAAUUGUCCACUCUUUGUUAACUUGCCAUACUAUGCUACAGUGUCGGUCGAUGAUCCGAAGGGAACCACCAUUAUGCAGAUAAAAGCCAUUGACCUGGACAGUGCUGAAAACGGAGAAGUACGAUAUGAGCUCAAGAAAGGAAACGGAGAACUGUUUAAAAUAGAUCGAAAAAGCGGCGAAUUGUCUCUUAAGCAAAAUGUUGAGGGUCACAAUCGUAAUUAUGACUUGACUGUUGCUGCAUACGAUGGCGCAUUAACUCCGUGUUCGUCAGAAGUGCCAGUUCAUGUGAAAGUAAUUGAUCGAUCUAUGCCUAUAUUUGAGAAACAAUUUUAUUCGGUCAGCGUCAAGGAAGAUAUUGAAAUGUAUUCCGCCUUGUUUGUAUCCAUUCAAGCCGAAAGUCCUUUGGGUAGAAAACUUAUCUACACAUUGUCAUCGGGAAAUGCAAACCAAUACUUCGAAAUCGAUUACAGAACAGGUUCCUUGUACGUGGUAAAUGAGCUAAAUUAUGAGGACAUGAAAACUCAUGAGGUUUCCAUUCGUGCUACUGAUAGCGUCUCAGGAAUUUUCGCAGAAGUGAUCUUGACUAUAAUAGUAACCGAUGUUAAUGACUGUUAUCCAGAAAUCGAAAGCGAUAAUUACAAUAUCACAUUAACCGAAAAUACACCGUUUGGCUCCCAAAUUUUAAAAAUAAACGCAUCGGACUUGGACAGUGGUGCGAAUGCAGAGCUCUCUUAUUUCAUCGAAUCGAUCAAUGGCCAAAAGAAUCUGGAUACUUUUUAUAUUGACAUUUCCGAAGGUUAUUUGUAUUUGAAAACUCCACUGGACUACGAAGUAUUAAGAUAUCACCAUGUUAUUGUGGUUGUCAAAGAUCAUGGCUCACCUGCACUGAGUUCAAAGGCGAAUAUCUUCAUAAAAGUGAAAGAUCUUAACGACAACUCACCACGCUUCGUCGAACCCUCCUUCUUCAGUAAGCUGUCUGUGGCUGCUACACGGGGACAAUUUGUGGCUUUAGCUAAAGCAUAUGACGUGGACAUGUCAGAUGCUGAAUAUCUAGAAUACAAAAUUGUCGAUGGCAAUGAUCUACAAACAUAUAGCAUUGGAAAAAAGAGCGGAAUAAUAUCUCUUCAAAACAUGCUGAACUUUACCGAUAAAACCAGCACUCUCUUAAACAUAUCAAGCUCGGAUGGGAUGCAUACCACUUAUGCCCGUUUAAAAAUAACAUUGGUUCCAGAAAAUUUGCACAGUCCCGAAUUCGAAAAACAAGGAUAUGAAGCAACCAUUUUCGAAAACCAAUCGCCAGGCCAAGAAAUAAUCACGGUGAGGGCAACCGACGAUGACUUUGGGAACUAUGCAAGCCUUUAUUAUGAAAUAGCCUCAGAAGAGAUGAAAAAGUUCUUUGACAUCAAUCGAAGCACAGGCUCCAUAUCUUCGAAAGUAACAUUCGAUCGUGAAAGCAGAUCAGAAUACGAGGUCUUACUAAAGGCUAUUGACGGGGGCUCUAAAUUUGGAUUUGCAUUACUCCGUGUACUAAUUGAUGACAUCAAUGACAAUAGUCCAUAUUUUCCUAUAAAGGAAUACAAAAUAGUAAUAAAUACAUCAACACAAAUCAACGACACCAUUUUAACUGUAAAAGCUGUGGAUAAUGAUUAUAAUGAAAAUGGGCUGGUAAAAUACAUAGUCGAACCUAAUUCAUUGAAAUCGAGCUUAAAAGAGACAUUUAACAUUAACGAAAAAACCGGGGAAAUCACCGUGAAGAACCGUAUUGACAAAUCAGGGGAGAAAAUAUUUCAAUUUUUUGUACGAGCUUUUGAUUCAGGAGAGCCUCAAUUAUACAGUGAUGUUCCAGUGACUAUUGAAGUAAUCGAAUUAGAUGCAAUUAUUCCGACCUUUGAAAAGACUUCGAUCAAUCUUCACAUAAUUGAAUCAACUUCGCCAGGAACUGUGCUGACAAAACUACAAAUUCUUGGAAAUUAUACGUAUAAGUUUUCUGUCGCUACAGAUACGCCAAACUUUUUUGCUUCAGAAAACGGAGAGCUUAUCCUUAUGCAAACCUUAGACAGGGAACAAAAAGAUACACAUUUCCUAGUGGUUGUGGCUGAAACAUCGACAGUUCCUAUUCUUUAUGCGUAUAUGGAUGUUUUAGUAAUUGUCAAGGAUGAGAACGAUAACUAUCCAAAGUUUGAUAGUGCCAUGUAUAGUGCGGAACUGGCAGAAAACAUUGAUAAAGUGGUCUCCAUUAUCAAGAUAACGGCAACUGAUGCCGACGCUGGAUCAAAUGGUGACGUAAGAUACUCCUUCGAAGAUGAAUCGGAUAUUAUAAAAUCUAUAUUCGAUAUUGACAUCUAUACCGGCUGGAUCACACUUCGUUUAUCUGUAGAUAGAGAGGCACAAUCUGAGUUUAAUUUAAAAGUUAUUGCUACUGACAACGGCCACCCGAAGCAUGUCUCCAAGGUACCAGUGUCCAUCAAAAUAGUGGACUACAAUGACAACCCUCCUGUUUUUAAAAUACAUACCAAUAAGAUUUCCGUUUUUGAAAAUGCUUUACCCGGUACUGUUUUGAACAAUUUUUUGCUUAUUGACCCCGAUACUGAAAAGCAAGAUAUGGACUUUUAUAUCACUUCCGGAGAUAGUCAAUCACAAUUUCAAAUUAGCAAGACGGGUGAAUUGUUUAUUGCUAGACCUCUAGAUAGGGAGCAAAUCUCGUUCUACAACUUAAGCCUACUUGCAACCGAUGGAAAAUUUACUGCCGACGCAAAUAUCGAAAUACAAGUAAAGGAUAUCAAUGACAAUAUGCCCUUAUGCCUAAAGCCCCGAUAUAAGAUCGAAAUAAAUGAGUCGACACCCAUUGGAACUACACUUGUACAAAUUCACGCUGUUGACUAUGACUCGAGUAAUGAUUUUAAACUGCGGUAUUAUAUUUCCGGUAAAGGUUCAGAUGAUUUUGUUAUUGGAAAAGAUAGUGGGAUUUUAAAAGUGGCAAAACUGAUCGACCGAGAGGCAAUUCCGAGAUAUAAGUUGACUGCGCAUGUUCAGGAUGGGCAAGAACUAAUGCGCGAGUGCGUUUCUGAAAUAUUAAUAACAAUCAAUGAUGUUAAUGACAAUGCUCCCACAUUUUCAAUGGCUCAGUAUAUCGUUAGUAUCCCUGAAGAUGCGCAACUCCAGACUCUGAUUACAAAAGUACAUGCAACGGACAAGGAUUUUGGCAUGAACAGAAAAAUUAAGUACUCUCUAAUGGGCUCCGAUAUCGAAUAUUUCGAGAUCUCAAAAUCCACGGGCAUCAUAAAACUGGAAAAGAAUCUUGAUCGAGAAACAAAGUCGUUAUUUAACUUGACUGUCAAAGCCGAAGAUUUCGGCAAGCCCAAGCUGUAUUCGUUAUCGCAUUUAAUAAUAAAUGUAUUGGAUAUCAAUGACAACCCUCCGGAGUUCAGUAGACGGCAAUACUUUUGUGAAGUCCAAGAAAAUGAAACAAUCGGCUAUGAAGUGUCCCAAGUGCAUGCAACAUCAAAAGACAUCGGCGUAAAUGCUGAAAUCCUAUACUACAUAAUGGGUGGCAACGAGCAGCGUAAAUUUAUGAUGAAUUCCACCUCAGGUGUAUUAUCUGUUAAUGGUUCAUUGGAUUACGAAAAGACGAAAGCAUAUUUCCUUACAGUACAGGCAAUCGAUGGAGGCACACCGCCUUUAAGUAACAUAGCCUAUGUUAAUAUAUCUGUAUUGGACGUUAACGACAACAGCCCCAAAUUUUUACAAAACAUUUAUCGAGUAAGCGUGAAGGAAGACGUUUCGAUUGGAGAAAAAGUUGCAGAUGUAAAGGCCGUAGAUGAAGAUACAAAUUUAAAUGGAAUUGUGGUAUAUAACAUUGAAAGGGGCGAUAAAUUAAGUCAAUUUUUCAUUGAUAAGAACAAUGGUACCAUACGCCUUGCAAGAGCAAUUGAUCGAGAGACAAUUUCAGAAUAUGCACUAGAAAUUCAAGCUUGUGAUCGUGGAAUUCCUGAACGUUGUAGCAGUGUUCUGGUCAAUAUUGAUGUUUUGGAUACAAAUGAUAACGCUCCACUCUUCUCCAGCACCAAUUACAGCAUUGUACUGCAGGAAAAUAGACCAUUGGGCUAUGUUCUGGUCAAAUUUGAAGUAUCAGACGCUGACAUGCCGCCGAACUCUACACCAUAUACAUACGACAUUCGAUCUGGAAAUGAAGGUGCACUGUUUCGGCUGGAGCAAGAUGGUUCCCUCAGCACAGCAUCGCGCUUUAAUCACAAAUUGAGGGAUGAAUUCGUUAUACAGGUACGCGUAUUCGAUAAUGGUACGCCGCCACUUUACUCAGACACUUGGGUGACAAUUAAGAUAAUUGAGGAAAGUCAAUACCCUCCCAAUGCCACUCCAUUAGAUGUUACCAUUAAUUCAUUUGAAGAUGCCUUUUCGGGGGCUUUCAUAGGGAAGGUCUAUGCAUCUGAUUUGGAUCAGUACGAUGAGCUUACUUACAGUUUGAUGGCCACAAACGGAGAGACAUAUCAAGCUACGAAACUUUUUAACAUUACGAGUAAAACAGGAAAGAUAUGUGCUACAACUAAUCUUGAUAUUGGGCUGUAUAAGCUAAACGUUUCGGUCAGUGAUGGAAAAUUUACUGUGUUCACUUCUGUAAAGAUUAAUGUCGAGCUAAUAACGAUGGAUAUGGUAAAAGAAGCAGCAGUGAUCAAGUUCAGCAAAAUCACGGCAUCAGACUUUUUGUUAAGCCACAGAAAAGGUUUCUUACGCUCCAUUCGAAGUAUUAUGCACUGUCGUCUGAAGGAUGUAAUACUGCUAACAUUACAAGCCGAAUCAAGCACGAACCUCUCAAAACGGCACAGAAGAUCAUCCAGCAACAAUUUAAACGUUGUGUUUGCUGUAAGAAAGCAACAGAUAAUACCAAAUUCGGAUGCUUACUUCACCAGUGAUGAGAUUCGCCAAUCAGUUAUCAGUAAAAUCAAUGAAAUCGAAGAUGAAAUGAACGUCGUCAUUGAAGAAAUCCUGCCAACCAUUUGUCAAGGCCAGCAAAAUACUUGUGUUCAUGGGGUAUGCAAGAAAAUACUAACCCUCGCAAAGAACAACAUUACUACGAUCUAUACAGAUGUGAUAAGCUUUGCCUCCCCCCGAUAUAGCGUUGCCAACAAAUGUUUCUGCAAGCCAGGCUACGAUGGCAAGAACUGCAGCGAAUCGGUGAAUGCAUGCUCAUCCGAUCCCUGUCCACCGCAAAGGAAUUGCUUACCAUCCGAGUCUGAUCCUGGCUAUCAAUGUGUGUGUCCAAAAGGCUUCUCUGGCCCAUUUUGUGAAAUGAAAUCAACAAAAUGCUACAACGAAAGCUGUGAUACAAGCUCCUCGACGGCUGUUUCUUUCGGCGGGAAAAGCUACGCCCACUACAAAAUCAACAAGGCCAUGGCAAAGAACACGUUAGAAAACCAAUUUGCAUUCUCCCUUCAAAUAAGGACAGUGCAGCAAACUGGUACGUUGCUGUAUGCCAGUGGGAAAAUUGAUUACAACGUCUUGGAAAUUGUAAAUGGAGCAGUGCAAUACCGUUUUGACUUGGGAUCAGGCGAAGGAGUAAUUAGCGUGUCGAGCAUCUAUAUUUCCGAUGGAGAGUGGCAUUCGAUCAGUCUGGAACGAAUUCUAAAUAGUGCCAAAGUAGUUGUAGAUAACAAACAUGUCUCUCAAGGGAGUGCCCCAGGGGUCAAUGGAAUACUGAAUAUUCAAUCAAACGAUGUGUUUGUUGGAGCUGAAGUUCGACCCCAUCCCUCCAUAAUUGGCUACGAAGAUAUUCAACGAGGUUUUAUUGGAUGUAUGGCCAACAUUAAGAUCGCAAUGGAGUCCUUGCCAUUAUAUAUCUCAGGUGGAAGCACGAUAGCUGCUCUAAAGAGGUUCACAAAUGUGGAGUUCAGAUGUGAUCCGGCAAAUGUUCUUGUGAAUCUAGGUGUUUGUGGAGCGCAACCCUGUCUAAAUCGUGGCAUUUGCAAGGACCAUGGCAAUGAUAUGUUCAAGUGUAUGUGCCAUGCGCGAUUCACCGGCGAGUUGUGCGAAAUCGACUUGGAUCCCUGCUCUUCAGCACCGUGUUUAUUCGGAGGACGCUGUGAAUACCUAGGACCAAACAAUUAUACCUGUAGUUGCCCCCCACAUUUGUCGGGCAAACGGUGUGAAUAUGGAAAAUUCUGCAGUCCGAACCCAUGCCAAAAUGGAGGAAUUUGUGAAGAAGGAGACGGUGUAUCGCAUUGCAUGUGUCGUGGUUACACGGGUCCAAACUGUGAGAUUGAUGUAAAUGAGUGCGAAAAUCAGCCUUGUGGAAACGGAGCUACUUGCAUCAAUGAAGCGGGUAGUUUUCGAUGCAUUUGCCCAGCAUAUCUUACGGGUGCUAGCUGUGGGGAUCCACUUUAUUCGAAUUCCAUUUCAACGAAAUUAAAGAACUUUUCGAUUGAACACAUAAGCGGCAUAAUAUCGGGAAUAACAAUUGUGCUCUUCGUCGUCAUUAUUGCACUCUGCUGCGUGGUCUGUAAAAGGGGCUCGUCCACGAAUCCGCGAAAUCGAAUAGCUAAGGAGAAAAACAAACAUUCCUAUAGAGAAUCUAAUCUGAAUUCGCUUUUGGACAAAGACAAGUGUUGCAAGGCGAACGUUAAGAUCAGCAACUUGGAAGUAAAUCAACGGCCCAUAAGCUACACACCAGCCACAAAUGAUAGCCUAUUUCCGAGCAACACAACAUUUGUGAAUAACUUGGACAUUUUACGAAGCUAUGGAUCUGCCGGCGAAGAGCUCGAAAAUAUACCGUUUGAGUAUCAGAAAGUAAACCGUAAUAACCAACAUGUGAAUAUAAAUGCCUGCAACUUGGUUGAAACGGAUAGCAGUGCAUAUAAAGAGGACUGGUGCGAACAGAUGCAUUUAAAAACUUUUAGUGAAAAUAAAUUAAAUAAUGAGCGAAGAAAAGACUAUGGAUUUCCAAUUAAUCGAUCAAGUGGGAAACUUAUUCAGGUCGCUAUGCCGAAUGUGUGCCAUUCCUCGCCAAGUGCAGCUUCCACAGAUUACUCUGCGCUUGGUAAUGGACAGUACCAUUGGGACUGUUCAGAUUGGGUUCGGAAAAGCCACAAUCCAUUACCGGAUAUAACUGAGGUUCCGGGGGCAGAAGUAGCUGACUCUUCGAGCUUCCACAGUAAUGAUAGUAAUGAGUCCAGAACAAAACGAAACUGUUUCGUUCAUAGAGAAGUUGACCCGACUAGAGAUAUAGCUGCUCUGAAUGAGGACAUUGCAUCCGAAUAUGUGGAUUCCGAAAUAGAAAGCUGUAUUCAACCGUCGUUUAUGGUACCGAACUCAAACUAUGAAUCACUUUCAAGACUGAGUUCUUUUAAUAAUAGCGAGAAUGAAGACUACAAAUUAAAUACAGUAUAUUUACGACAUCCUGAUUCAUAUUUACCGACGAUUCGUACUCCAAGUGAAACGGAAGGAGAGAGUUCUUCAAAUGAAUUGUCAAGAUUGAAAACGGGACUAUCAAGUAGAAGAACGAUAAGUGAAAAUUCAGAGGAGUCAUAUCUUUUUCAUCAUGCAGUCGGUGAAAAUGGUUCAAAUAGCAAUAUCUCUGUACGACUUUGCGAAAUUGAGGAUUCGGAACUUGAGGAAUUUUUACCGCAUCAAGACAAAAAAAAUAAUGAAUGACAUAUUAAUAGGGUAAUACUUUAAUUUUGGCAGCUAUUAUUUUGUUUCAUUUUGUAAACAUCGUUUGACUAAUCAUUAUAAUUAUUUUUACAAUGAAUAAAAAUAUGUAUUUCUAAGUACAAUAA